AUGGCUGUCCGAGUCUUUUGCAAUGCCUGCUUCUGCGAGCCCCGCAAGGCCACCCCACGGUUCCUCUUCACCAGCUGCGGCCAUGUUAUCUGUGAGCUCUGCUUCCAGAAAGGCAAAAAAGAUGAAUGUUUGAUCUGCAGAACUCCUUGUCGUACAAUAUUCCUUUCAAAAGAGACAAAUCCUGAUAUUCAGUCACUGUUCAUGGGAAUAGAUACAUUAUGCAAGAAAUAUUCAAAAGAAAUAACACAGAUUUCAGAAUUUCAAGAAAAAAAUCGUGAACAUUUAUUAGCAUACCACAGAAAAAAGAGAAUAAAGCUGGAAGAAUCUCUCAGGAAAGCAACACAACAAAUGCAUCAGAUACAAUGUAUGAAACCUCCUCAACAAACUACUCCACUGCCAUUUUCCAGUACAAGUAGAAACCCACUUUCAGUUCCUUCAAGAAGACCGAAUGGCUACUCUUCAUGUUCUCUUCAACCUAGUCAUCCUUCCACUUCUGAAACAAUGGAGUCAAUGGAGAUUGAUCCUUUACCUUUGCCAAUGAGGAAGCCUGAGACAGGGACUGGUCCAAUAAGAUUAUCGUUAAUAACUCCACCUCAGGAUGGACGUAUGGGUAGUGUAUCCUACAGAAGUUCUCAGUCAGCUGGAAUAACAUCAAGUCAAAAUAAAGCAGGAGCUACAAGAUCCACGCCUAUAAGCCUACCACAUAAUGGAUAUUCACUUAUAUCACCAUCUGGAUCACAAUGCAGUAGAAGGGGAUCGUGGACUGCUUCUGAUUUCAGAACCCCUCCAUUGUAUCCACUUACAUCACCUUCCCCACAAUCAUCUGUAACAAGACAUCCUAUCACCAUCUCUGGAAUUCUACAAAGACAACACUUAGGAUCAGCUAAUUUUGGAGGACAUACAUCAGAAAGAUAA